AUGGCGCAAACUCAAACCUCACAGUUCCUGUCUGGCAACACUGCCGCCAUCAAUGAGUUUCUGGACAAAUUCGAUACUUUCCUGCUUGACUGUGAUGGGGUCCUCUGGUCAGGUGAUAAUGUCUUUGAAGGCGUGCCUGAAACCAUUGCCAUGUUGAGAGCAAAGAACAAAAGGACCGUCUUUGUCACCAACAACUCGACCAAGUCCCGCCCCGAGUACCAGAAGAAGCUCGCAUCCAAGGGCAUCGAGUGCGACGUGGACGACAUCUUUGGUUCUGCCUACUCUGCCGCCAUCUACAUCUCGCGGAUCCUCAAGCCCGAGGCGCCACGCAACAAAGUGUUUGUGGUGGGCGAGCGCGGCAUUGAGGACGAGCUGCGGAGCGAAGGCGUGCCCUUCAUCGGCGGCACCGACCCGGCCUACCGGCACGACAUGACCGACGCCGACUGGAAGGGCCUGGCCGACGGGUCGGUGCUGGACCCGGACGUCGGCGUCGUGCUGGCCGGGCUGGACUUCCACAUCAACUACCUCAAGAUCGCGCACGCAUACCAGUACCUCCGCCGCGGCGCCGCCUUCAUCGCCUCCAACACCGACUCCACCUUGCCCAUGAGCGGCAACUUCUUCCCCGGUGCGGGUUCGACCAUGAUCCCCAUCGCAAACAUGAUUGGACGUCAGCCCUUGGCCCUCGGAAAACCCAGCCAGGCCAUGAUGGACGCCGUCGAGGGCAAGUUCAAGCUAGACCGCUCCCGAACCUGCAUGAUCGGCGACCGCCUCGACACCGACAUCAAGUUUGGCAUCGAGGGCAAGCUGGGCGGUACCCUGGCCGUGCAGACCGGCGUCAACAAGAAGGAGGACUGGGAGAAGGAGGACGCCGUCGCCCGCCCGGCCUUUUAUGUCGACAAGCUGAGCGACCUGCUCGCCGCCGGUCAAUAA